CACACUACAUACGUAUCUUUUGCCUUUUCAAAUAUUUUGUAACAUUAUUUCAGUUUUCAGUUUCAGUUUCCGUCGAGAAAAUGAGAAGAAAGCAAUACUCCAACAACGCUAUUGCUUUUACUGUGGUUUUGAAUUUGAUAGUGCUGCUCAUCACUCAAAUUGGAGGUUCGUAUGGCUGCCUUCAACUAGAAAGAGAGGCUCUUCUCAAUUUCAAAAGACGUUUGACCUUCUUUGAGCUACCACUCAAGGCGGGAGAGAAUCGCCUUCUAUCGUGGGAAGGCGAUGGUGAUUGCUGUGAUUGGGAAGACAUAGCCUGCGACAAUGUCAUUGGACAUAUUGUCAUGCUUGAUCUCAACGAUCUCUGUUUCUUAUUUUUUAAAACUGACCAUGAUUAUUAUUGCUUCCCAAGUGUGACAUUUACUUUGGAAGAUGUUAAUCCGUAUCUCUCACAACUUCAACAUUUGAUUUACUUAGAUCUUUCUGGAGUUGUUUUUAUUAAUCGGACUCCAACAACAUUCCUUGCUUCUAUGCAAAGCCUACGCUAUCUUUCUCUGCAAGGAGGAGUCUAUGACGAUUCUUCUUCGCCAUUAGUGACCACUAUUCCCAGUAGCAGCAUUGGAAACCUCACCAACUUACGUACUCUUUAUCUCGCAGGUCUCACUCUCACCAACACUACUGACAGUACUUGGCUCGCUCCACUUUCCUCAUUACAAUACCUUGGCUUGGGUGGUGUGGAUCUUUCCCUGGAUCUGUUUAAGGAUGAGGAGAAACUUUUUACAUGGUGGCAUCCCUUCAAGUUUCUGUAAAGUUGCUGCAUUGCAAAUCUUGGACCUUGCUGAAAAUAAUUUAGUAGGUCCAAUUCCUCAUUGCGUUGGCAAUAUUACAGGAAUGAUUUCAGCAUAUAAUUCAUUAUCUUUGGGAGAAUCAAGUGGGUGGGGCAAUGAGGUUGUGAAGCAAGUCAUCAAAGGCAGUGAACUUGAUUACAUUAGAAACUUGAAAUAUGUAGUCAACUUGGACUUGUCAAACAAUUUUUUGUCUGGAUCAAUUCCUGCCGAAAUAUCUUCUCUUUCAAGAUUGAUUGGACUCAAUUUGUCCUUCAAUGAUUUCUUUGGGGAGAUUCCUAAGAUGAUUGGAGACAUGAAGUCGUUGGAAUCUAUUGACUUGUCUCAUAAUCAUCUUUCUUUCUGGUACUAUUCCAAAGAGUAUGAUUGACUUAAAUAUUUUUUGAGUCACUUGAAUUUAUCAUACAACAACCUUUCAGGACCAAUUCCAGAUGAAAAUCAGUUUCAAGUCUUAAAUGAUCCACUCAGUUACACUGGUAACCAAUAUCUCUGUGGAGCUCCACUUCCAAAACAUUGUCCUGGUGAUGGUCCUCAUCAUGUUCAUGAUAUAGAAGGCUAUAAAAAAGAAGAUAGGGAAAAUGACAAGCUAGACAGAGUUGUUUUACUCAGUCAUAGCUCUUGGCUUUGCAACCGGUUUCUGGGGAAUUAUUGGGGUCUUGUAUUUCAAAAAGAACUGGAGGUAUGUUUGCUUUGGAUAUGUGGACAAGGUAGCUGACAAGAUCUAUGUUGCAGUUAUCUUGAAAGUAGUCAUAUUGAAGGAAAUGAUGAAGAGGAAGUAGUCAUAUUUUUAAGUCUGAAGAUUGAUUUUCACCAUCCUCAUUCCUCAUCCAUGUAGUAGAUCUUAAUGUUAAAUAAGAUUGGUGUGCUUCUAGAUUAUUAAAGCUA